AUGCCAAUAGCCUCGUUACAACUGAUCCCCCAGCGAUUACCGCAUUCACUACGUGCCCCUGUUUUGAAAAUGGGCACUACUACAGAUUCUCCACAGUUGUCUGGGGAUGUGUCCUUCUCCGAAAUAAUUACCGAUUUGAUAUCCCUAGGAGACCCGCGCGACACUUCAGAGGCACCGACUGCCAAACAUCUAGUCAUCAAAGACCAGCACGCGGCGGCUACGCAUCUGAUCCAUAAGUGCGCCUGUCUCCGACAGGCGUUGACUGACGAAUUCACCGUCAGUGUCGCCUACGCCAGGUCUGUUGACAAACUUCCCUUCCGCCACACAAGACUCUGCACCCUAAUCGAAGAAACAGUUCUCGGUAACCCAGUUUCCAAAGGCUGUUGCCGACAGGAUUUGGAUAAAGAAAUCCAAAAGUGGUUCGGUAACGCACGUCACCGACUGGCCCAGAGAACGCGCAUGGAUCAGUUGGCAACGUCCGUAUUGAACCAAGAAGCUGGGGUCUUCGAAUUGGACGUGCCUCCGAACUGA